CCAACUACCACUAUGCCGCGAACGUCCAGGUGUGCAGCGUUGCGACUCCCAGCCCGACGCCGUACCCGACGCCCUACCCGACGCCGUCAUCCUGGGAUCGCGGUCCUGUGCGUACACGUACACAUUACACGGUACUUCGCUGGCAAGCUCUUCUCGCGCUCGCGGAAGCAGCCGUCUUCGAUCUGCAGGAUGGCGGCCCAGAGGGCACCCUGCAUCGUGUGGUUGGUGGGGGCGUUGGCCCACGGCGUGCCAAUGGCAGUUUCUCUCCAGGCGGGGUCCACGGCUCAUGCGACUGGUGACUCUGCGAUGCCACCCGCGGCUCGAACCUCUGCGUGGGCCUGCACUUCGAUCGCUGCGAGCAGUUUCACCGCCCAGUACGACUCCUACAUCUCUGGCAACACAAUCGUUGUCACGACCAACGCGGGAAGCCAGUAUGGACGAGCGUACUACUCGUGGGCAAACACGGGGGGAUUCCGGAUCAAUUUCGACAUGUACCAGGGCGGUGGAUCAGGCGGCGCUGACGGUAUGUGCAUGAAGUACGGCGGUUAUGAUACGGGCGAAUUUGGCGAAGACAUUGCUCCGAAUGGCUUCUCUGUGUGCUUUGACUCCUAUUCCAAUGGGGACGAUCAUGGCGUGGUGAUGGGAUGGAAUGGCGGGACAAUCUUUUCACAGAUAGGCUCAGUACACUGGAGUACCAACGUUCCCCUCUUCGAGGAUUCCACUUGGCACGAUGUCAUUAUUGAGGUCACGCCCAGUGGCAGCGGUGCAAAUGUGAUACUGAACUUUGACAACGGCUACUACUACAAAACUGCGUGGAUUAGUAGCUUCUCAUCGCCAGUUGGUAGCCAACAGGUGGCCUUCACUGGGAGAACUGGUGCUGCUACCAACUACCACUUUGCCGCGAACGUCCAGGUGUGCAGCGUUGCGACUCCCAGCCCGACGCCGUACCCGACGCCCUACCCGACGCCGUACCCGACGCCGUACCCGACGCCGUAUCCGACGCCGUACCCGACGCCCAACCCGACGCCCAACCCGACGCCCAACCCGACGCCCAACCCGACGCCCAAUCCGACGCCCAACCCGACGCCCAAUCCGACGCCCAACCCGACGCCCAACCCGACGCCCAAUCCGACGCCCAACCCGACGCCGUACCCGACGCCGUACCCGACGCCGUACCCGACAGCAUUCCCGACGCCGUAUCCGACAGCCUUCCCGACGCCGUACCCGACGGCGUUCCCGACGCCGUUCCCGACGCCCUUCCCGACGCCCUUUCCGACGCCGUACCCGACGGCCUUCCCCACAGCCUUCCCGACGCCUUUCCCGACGGCUUUCCCGACAGCCUUCCCCACGCCGAGCCCGACGCCCAGCCCGACGUAUCCUCCAGGCUGGCCGACUCCACAUCCGACGUUUCCUCCUGCAGCUCCCAUGGCAGGUGGAGCGGGAGGCGCGGCUGCCACUGGCGACCCCCACCUUCAAAACGUUUAUGGUGAGCGGUUCGAUUUGAUGAAGCCGGGCACACACGUUCUCAUAAACAUUCCCCGUGGCAUGAGCGCCGAAGACGCAUUGCUUCGUGUGCAGGCCAGUGCGCACCAGUUGGGUGGAAGUUGUGCGGAUAUGUACUUCAAGGAGGUGAACGUUACAGGGUCUUGGGCAGAGGCCAGGCGAGCCGGCGGAUAUCAUUACGACGUAUCGCAAAGCGUAGUUGGUACUCCGGAAUGGGUUGCGUUUGGUACGGUUCAGUUGAAAGUCGUUCAUGGACGUACGGACACUGGCCUCCAGUAUUUGAACGUUUACGUGAAGAACUUAGGGCGAGCAGGGUUUGCCGUGGGAGGUCUGCUUGGCGAAGACGACCACAUUGACGUGAUGACUCCACCAGCGGCUUGUGUCAAGCAUACGUCCCUCUGAGAAGGGCAAUCGAGCGGCCAGGCUUCUUCCUCCGUGUCAUCGGUUGCAAUGGCAAUUUUUGUGUGACCGUACUGAGCAUGCGGGAAGAUGACUACGUACUACAUCUUCCAGCCAUUGAGUGGCCCUCACUGGACUUCGCACUAGAACUGAUAAACAUCAUAAUCCGUAUCAUUCGUCGAUCGUCACGUUACGCCAUUGCGUGUCGAGUUUAGCUUGAAGACAGAUCAGCCGUACCUGACCAAUGGGCGGGAUGAUCGGACCAAUUACCGCCCACUAUCUUCUCACUCCGCGCGUGAAGAAGAUCUCACGAGGCAAGGCCAGCGGCAAUAUCCCGGAGCCCAGCCUAGAUUUCUCCGACUCCCCUCUACUGCCCAUCCCGUUUUUCCCCAAACAGCUUGCUGAACGGGGUGCUGUUGUGAUAGAAGCUAACUCCGGC